UUGUUUUCUUGAAAAAAGAACCGAAGCAGAUGUCAUCAAAAAGGUUACGAAGAGUCGGUCUGAGCAAAGAGGUUUUGGAUUGUCUGUCAAAAAAUAGCAUUUACUCCUGCAAGGACCUGCUAUCCAAAACAAAGUUGGAACUCCUGAAAUUCCUUGGUCUCGGUAUAUUUAAAGUGGACGAGGUAGUGCAGCUAUGCAGUAAAGCUUGUGCUCCAAAACCUCAGACAUGUUUAGAAUUAUGGAACAAGAGAAAGGAGAAGGGUUGUCAUUUCUUUCAGACCUCCCUCCCUGACUUGGACAAUGUUCUCCAUGGAGGGAUACCAACAGGCACUAUCACAGAAAUAUCUGGUCCAGCUGGAUGUGGUAAGACCCAGUUCUGUCUGAUGUUGACUGUACAAUGUACACUCCCCUUGGAGCUAGGGGGAUUGGCUGGUAAUGUCUUAUACAUUGAUACAGAGUCAGCAUUUAGUGCUGAAAGGCUUGUGGAGAUUGCCCAGGCAAAACAUCCUGAUCUGUUUGUGGGAGACAAGCUGGUUGAACUAACCAGUCAAGUGUUUGUAGAUACACAGCAGACUUGUGCUAGUCUCAUGGAGAGGCUCCAGACAAUUGAGGAGGAGAUCAUACAAAAGCGGGUGAAGCUAGUCAUUGUAGACUCCAUGGCAUCCCUGGUGAGGAAGGAGUAUAGCACAUCUCUUGGGCGCAACCUUACAGAUCGCACCAACUUCCUGUCUCAGCAGGCUGCACUACUCAAAUAUAUUGCAGAGACCUUCUCUAUACCUGUGGUUGUUACCAAUCAAAUCACAACAAGAUAUGACAGACAGGAUGAUGUGUCUCGUCCAGGUGAGACCUCUGCGGUUCAACUGGAUGGUGAGACUGGGUAUGUAACCACAGCCUUAGGAAACACCUGGAGUCAUAGUGUUAACACGAGGCUCAUCCUCCAAUACCACACAGACCUGGAGAGACAGAUAAUGGUUGCCAAAUCCCCUAUUGCCCCAUUCACCAUAUUUACCUACACCAUUCAACAAGCUGGCCUUGUUCAGAAAGAGGGUGGGGCCGGUCAUUAUUCAGGGACAGACCCAGGGAAACAGAAAAUCCAGGUCAAGUCAGCACUAAGGAUGGAGGACAGAAAUACAGGACCAUUUCAGGGAUGAGAACAAGUGUGUUAAUCCGAUUCUUAGUUAAAUAAGACAGGUAGUGUUGAAGUGGACACUGGGAUACGUUGAGUUCAGUUGGUGCUGACCUUGGCAAGUUGACCUUCACCUCUCUGAUCUUGGUGUUUGUUAUCAGAUCCUCCUGGCGUAUCUAUCAUGCACUGAGGCAGACUAGUGAAACAUACCAGCACACUGCGAUCUUCACAGUCCAGGCGUCCACACAAAGACCAAACGAGGAACACAGUUCCGAGUUCCUACGGAUCAGUAGGCACCUAUUGGCUUCCCUGUUAAAACCCAAUGAACAUGAAAACAUCUCAGACAAAGAAGAAAAGUGAUAAACAGUAGUUAACCAAUGUGUAAAUCAAUGCAUGCAAGUCCAACAAAAGUUGGAGAAGCUAUUGAUAGGCUUUGUCAGUUCUAAAUCGCGUCGUUUUGAUAUCUGUGAUUGUAGGAAUUAACUGGUGUUUUAAAAGGUGCAGGAUAAGACAAUACUGACUGGCACUUAAGUUUUGUUCCUUUAUAUCUUUAAUUUUCUGAUAACAAAGUACUGAAUCGUUAGAUUGUCAUCCUAGCUUACGGAAGAUCAGACCACACCGCAGUGUUUUGUUCUAUAUCUCUUACUCGCGAGGCUGGCGUUGUGGUUGAUUCCGACUUUCAGUAUUGUUUCUCUUUGUAUUUCAUUUUUUUAUCAGACAAAACGAGAUCUGAAGAUUACCUUGUUUCACACGUGACUUGUCAAAUAUCCUGUUUGAAAUCCUGAUAAUGUUAAAUGCGUCAAGGUUUUUGUUUGGAAUCAUUUGAUAAGAUGGUUUUAGUUUUAAAGAAAGAGUGUCAUGUUGUUUUUGUUUUUUACUAUUAUUGAUAAAGAAAGAGAUAGCUUGUUUCACUCACUUAUAAUGCGGAGUGUCAGAGAAUAUGAUAAUUUUAAUGUUUGUCAAAAUUAAAAGCUUUCACAAAUUUGAA